AUGGGCUUCGGGAACGGCUUCAAGUUGAAGUUCGAGGCGGGUUUUGGAAGGGUGUUCGAGGCAGGGGUCAAGGCCAGAUUUGAAGCAGGAUUUAAGGCGGAGAUCAAGGCAGGAAUCGAGGUGGAGACCGAGGGAAGAUACGAGAGAAAUUCGAGGCGGGGUUCGGGAGGGGGUUCGAGACAGAAUUCGGGAAAGGCUUCAAGGCGAAGUUCGAAGCGGGGAUCGAGAUGGGGUUUGAAGGAAGGUUCGAGGCGUCGUUCCGGAAAGGAUUCGAAGCAGGGUUCUAGACGGGAUUCAAGGAAGGGAUCGAGGUGGGUUCAAGGUAGGGAUCGAGUUGAGGUGAAGUUUGAAGCGGGGGAUCGGGGUAGGGUUCGAGUGGGGUUCGAGACGUCCUUUGAGAAGGGAUUCAAAGCGAGGAGAUUAGAUGCGGGGCUCGAGACGGGUUUUAGAAGGGGAUUCGAGGCAGAGUUCAGGGCCGAAUUCAAGGAGGAGAUCGAGGCAGGGUUCGGGAGGGCGUUCGAGACAGGGUUCGAGGAGGGCUUCAAGGCGAAGUUCGAGGUAGGGUUCAAGGCAGGGAUCGAGUUGGAGUUCGAGGCAAGAUACAAGGCAGGGUUCAAAAGGGGGUUCAAGACAAGGUUCGAGAGGGGUUUCAAGUUGAAGUUCGAGGCGGGAGAUCGAGGUGGGGUUCUAAGGGUUCGAGGGGGGGUUCGAUACGUCGUUCGAAAAGGAAUUCGAGGCGGGGUCCAAGACAGGGACCGAGGUGGGGUCCGAGGAAUAACAUGA